ACAGAAAGAGUGAGAAGAGAGAUCAGUGCUGUCCUUGGGAAGAUAAUGGAAUGAACGAUGAUGAAUUUCACGAAUGCCAAAUGGCUAAACAGAAAGUUCUGCACAAAUGUCGUUAUUUGGACCAAAGGAACAUAAUUUUGUCCCCCAAUUUAUUUGUCCAGUCGAGGUCUGACACGUCCGUAACAAAUGAUUCAUCGGACGGAGCAAACAGAAGAUGGAAAGCAUCUCAGCGAAGCAUCCCUUCUAAACAUUCUGCCAACCCAGGCUUGAUUCUUACCAGAACUGUUGCACUGAACCACAGCGUACCCAUAAAUCCAAGUGAUUCCACUGACUCAAUGACCCAGAAACAAAAUAUUGUUUUUUGCGAGAACUCAACGCCUGUAUGUCUUAUAGGGGUGAGUGAAGCACUGCCAAUGAUAGAGUGGAUUCAAACAUCAUCUCAUGUGCAACCAAGUGAAGAAAUGGCUGGGCGGCACGUCGAAUCUGUCUCGGCGAACCAUGCAACAAGAAGCCCUCAACCUGCAUGGAAAAGGGCAUCUGUUCAUAGACUGGAAUGGUGUCACGAGUGCCCGGCAAAGGUGGCCCAUCUGGGUUCAUCAUCAUUGGCUGCCAAUGGCCCGUACGCAGCCAGACUCAGGGUGAUUCGGAGGGUCGCCCGGGUAAGUGGAGGUUAUAGAGCCGCUGCGGUGCAGAGCGGUCACGUGGAAGAAAAACUGUGCCCUUACAGACUACCAGAUCAUCACAACGCCCUGCACAAAAGCUGUUAUCAAACUGGCAACCAAAUAUGUCUCUGUAGCUCUUUCCAACCACGGGCAAGACACAGUCCAGGUGUCCAGAGAGACCAGAGAGACGCUACGCAGAUCCUUGAAAAGACAGAGCAAGGACAGAAACGAGAGUUUUCAGAGGUGAUCAAAGUGAUGACACACCAACUCACAAUAGAGUUGCUGCCUGUGUUGCUGUGAAGUCUACAAUGCAGAUCAAUGGCUCCAUAAGGAUAUUGAUGUGUUUCAUGCU